CAUGAAGGCACAUCAGAUCUGAUUUGUCCACAAACCAAGAUUGCGGAAUCAUAAAUUUGCAGGGACUGAGCCGAUACCCCCACCGAAUGCCCAACUUAUAGCCAACUUAUUAGCCGCUCCGAAUCCAGCUAGCAGUUGUAGCAUGCUUUUCGCAGCAAUGUGCAAUGGCAGUGUGCACCGAAGUAUGCAAAGCGGGGGCUAGACCAGCUAUUCAUUUCUGUAUGUUUUUGCCGCAGGAUGUGCAGAUGAUGGUGGACCAGUUGGGCACAAACCCUGUGCCCAUUCAGCUUCCCAUUGGCAAGGCAGACAGCCUCAGGCCACCUGACUCGGUGGAGGAUAACAAUGACGCCAUCAAGCGGUUGGAGAAGCAAGUUUUGCAGCUCGAGCGGCUGGUGGAAGAGCUCUUGGCGCAGAAGACGCAGGGCUCCGAACACUCGCCGCAGACGCAGGACCCGCCAACAUUUGCGGACGCCAUCCAGAAGGAUCCGGACACGCCAAAGUUUGGCCAUGCGACGGAUGAGCAUGGCGAGGACGACGGCCGAGUCAUCUUCCACAGCGAGGAGCUUAUUGUGAGAAAGACCUUCGUGGAGGUGGAUGAGUGCCCGAGUGUGUGGCAGAAGUGGAGGGAACUCCGGAGAUGCCAAUCGGAACCAACGCUCUUUCGUCAGGAGGACGACGACGACGAAGAGGAGGUGAUGCCAUGAUUGGCCAGCCUAGAAAUUGGUCGAGAAUGGAGCCGGGCCGGCGCCUGAAGCCGGUUUUGCAGUUGGGC